GUUUAAUUUUUAAACAAAUAGUUUUUAGUUUUUUUUAAAUUUAGACCUGAGAUAAAUUAAAAAGCUUUUAUGAUGGAACUUCCUGUUGAAGCUGGAACAAAACGAAGAUAUGAUUUUGGCGGCAAUGACAUAAUGGAAGUAACUGGGUUUGGUCAAUUAGUGCCGGUAACAAAAAAGCAAAAAGAUGAAGUUGCUUUGCUAAAUGAACAAGCAAAUUUGACUACACUUCCAAGAUCUUCAAAUUUACAAGCUCCAAUCAUGCUUUUGACAGGUCAUGCUGGAGAAGUGUUUUGCAGUCGUUUUCAUCCUUCUGGGCAGACCUUAGCAUCUGCUGGAUUUGAUCGUUUGAUACAUUUAUGGAAUGUUUAUGAUGACUGCAACAACUUUGCAAUAUUAAAGGGCCACACUGGAGCUAUUCUUGAUUUGCAUUAUACUCCUGAUGGAGAAACUUUAGUAACUUGUUCCUCUGAUAAAACAAUUGCAUUAUGGGAUUAUGAGACUGGUAUUAAAGUUAAAAAGUAUAAAGGACAUGCAUCUUUUGUUAACUCAUGUUGCCCUGCUCGUCGUGGUCCUGAAAUUGUAAUUAGUGGAUCUGAUGACUGUACAAUAAAGAUCUGGGACAGACGGUUGAAAACAUCAGUACAAACAUUUCAAAACACGUAUCCUGUAACAGCAGUUUGUUUUAAUGAUACAACAUCACAAUUUAUGUCAGGAGGAAUCGAUAACGUUAUAAAAGUAUGGGAUCUACGGAAAAAUGACAUAAUGUUCAAAAUGCAAGGACAUACAGACUCUGUAACUGGAUUCCGUUUAAGUCCUGAUGGUUCAUUUCUUCUUUCUAAUGCUAUGGACAAUACUGUGCGUGUUUGGGAUAUCAGAGCAUUUGCUCCUGUUGAAAGAUGUUUAAAAGUGUUUAGUGGGAUUACUCAUAAUUUUGAAAAGAAUCUCCUUAAAUGUGCUUGGUCUCCUGAUGGUAGAUAUAUAUCAGCCGGAUCAGCAGAUAGGUUUGUUUACGUUUGGGAUACAGUUACUAAAAAGAUUUUGUAUAAGCUUCCUGGACAUAACGGAUCAGUAAAUGAUGUUGACUUUCACCCUUCAGAGCCUAUUUUAAUGUCUUGUAGCAGUGAUAAACAAAUAUAUCUUGGUGAACUUUUUGCUGGAUAAAGGACUUGAAUUUCACCGUAUUCGAAGCUAUCAUUAGUAUUAUUGAAAAUAAUAUGCAGAUGAUGACAAUAUACUAAAAUACAUUUAUGCUCAUUUCAUUAUCAAUUUCUCAAACAGUUUUUCAAGUUAUAUAAAAUUAAUUGCGAGAUUUAACAUUCAAUGUUGAUAAGUUAAUACAUUUAAUGUCGCGUUUAUUUGGAUUUUAGAUUUUACAAUGUUCUCACUUUCAAUUUUUUAUUUAUAAAGUGAAUAUGCGCA